AUGAAUACUGCAGAAAAGACGACCAUCGAGCUCUUGGAGCUCUAUCAAGAGCAUAUCCAACAAGUCACCGAACUGCAGCAUCUUGUUCAGCAGCAAUAUCCACCACAACACCCCUCAUACGAUAUCGCCACAAGUUACUUGAACGAUCGUAUCACCCUCUUCCGAUUCCUCAAAAAGGCAAACUAUGUCAUCAAGGAAGCAUACAACUUGGUCGAAGCCAAUAUCGCCUGGAGGAUAGAGGUCGGAUGUGACCACAUCACCCCACGAGAUCUGGAGGAGAAUCCGUUAUGGAUAAACGGACUUGUGCAACUCAGAGGACAGGAUCGGUACGGUCAUCCUUUGAUCACUAUUCGUCUAGGAAAAUACGUUUCUGCUCCCCAGCUGGAUUAUGACCCAGAGAUGGUUACGGAUGCUGGUGCAGAGAAGGAUCGGUUUUUUGAGUACAAGCGUUAUAUUAUCUUUGUUCUUGAAUGCACCCGCAAGCUCUUGUGGGAGUCCAGUCGUCGUCAGCCUCCUCAGGAUCAUGCGUUACAGGCGACGCUGAUCCUUGACCUCCAGGGUGCUUCGGUCUCAGAUCUGGACCACCAGCUGAUCACAUUCACAAUUGAGUUACUCAAACAUCGUUAUCCCAGUUGCAUUGCCCAAGUAUAUGUGCUCAACUACAGCUGGGUGUUUGGCGGAAUCUGGCAAAUGCUUAAGCGUGCUCUCCCGGAAACUGCCCGCGCACGGGUCUCUUUCCCAUCUUCCGUUAAUGAGCUCCAGGAACAUUUCGAUCGUGAAGAGCUCUCUACUGACUUUGGUGGAUUAGACUCUUAUCAAUAUGACUCUGAGACAUGUGAGGCAUUCCACUACUUUGGUUAUCCGAUGCUCAGUCUCCAGCCAGGAACACCGACUUCAUCCCUCAGCCGUGUCAACUCUUGCGACUCUAUCUACUUUGACGCCAUCUCGACACCACAUCACAGUCCCAAAUUGCGACCCCAUGAUGGCCUCAGCUUUUUGUCGAUGACGCCGAUGAUGCCAAUGGCGCCUCCUUCCUCUGGUCAUAGCAGCCACAACAACAAUAAUAACAACAAUACGAAUCUGUCUGUUCGACCUGGUCUGGGAUCACGUUCGAAUUCGAUCCCCCUUAUGGAUUUGAAUAGUCUUAGUCCUACAACUCAUAACCAUCAACGUCACCAUGGUUCUGGUCACCACUUUAAUCCUAGUCUCAAAUCUACGCCACUGAGGGCAACGUUGCUUAGGCAUUCGAAAUCAUCAGCCAAUAUCCCCUCCUUCAUGAUCACACCCUCGAUCGAGUCAGAUUUGCCUACACAGUAUCCGAUUUCGCGCAAGGAGAGGAACACUAUCAGCCGUAAUUCUGGAAGUGAUCCAAAGAACCCCCGUGGAAAUCGGUUCUAUCGGCUGAUCCUCCGACCCAACUCGGUCUUCAUGCGGAUUGCGGCUACUCAACAGGGGGUACGACAGAAGAUGGUGAAGGUGGUGAAGACCUGUGCGGAUAAAAUGAUGCGAACGGAUAUGAGGACGCUGAUGUAUUGGAUCAUGGCUCUUAUUAUGCUUCGAGGCGAAGUGUGGCAACUCAUUGCUGCGACUGCAGUCAAGGUUUUGACAGUUGUUGGAGAGGGUGAUGAGUUGUUGCUUUAA